UCUCUAUUAGUGAGGAUGAGACCGAGAGUGUUGAGUACCUCCGAGAUGCUUAUAAUGAGUUAUACAAUGAAUGUCUAAAAGAAAGUGAGAAGUUGCUUUCAUUGAGCUCAAGGCUCAAAAUGCGUGAAGAUGAAAAGAAAGCACUUCAUGUGGAUUUAGUUAAGUGCAAGGCUCGUAUUGGUGGGCUUGAGGAGGAUAAGAAGUCCCUCCGUGACAAGGUGAGCUCUCUUGGAAGAGAGCAAAAUGAGCCUUUAGAAUCUAAGAAAGGUCUUGAAUUUAAACUUAUUAAACUUGAUAGAGAGGUACAUGAAUCACAAGAAAUCUUAAAAAGACUUUCCCUAAGCAUUGAAAAUAUUGAUGAAAUGUUGGCUAUAGGGAAAACUGUAGCACUCCAAAUUCAAUAA